CAAGUAAUCGAUCCGAUCUUCUCCGAAUCGUCUCCCCGUCCCCAAUCCAUUCGAGCUUCUCUUCUCCAAUCGAUUCGCGAUUUCCAAUCCAUGGCGACUCUCACCAUGCAGCCGAUCGGUCCCCUACCGUCUACUAAGCAAGAAGGCACAAGCAGGGGAGAGAAGCCUGCGGAGGGUGGUGCCGAUUUGAGUGACAUCGACUCGGGCUGGGUUGUUCUUGGGAAGUCGGAUAUCGUCCCGGCGGAUUUGGCAGCCCAGAGCCUGCGCUCAUCUCCGAAGACAAUUCCUACAUGGGCUCGGUGGGUGAUUGGAGGUGUGCUGCACACAGUGGUGCCAUUCUACGAGAGAGCACGGUAUGUUGAAGAUGAGACGGCUCGAAAUGUGGAGACUGCUGCUGAGGUUGUGGAGCAAAUAGCUGAGGUCACAGAGAAACUGGCUUCUAACGUGGCUGAUCACCUUCCAGAGAAUGGAUGUCUGCAGAAAGUAGUGGAGAAGAUUGAAUACAUAGCUGAGGUAGUGGAUGAAGAUGCAGAGAAGGUUGAGGCCAUUACUGAGAAGAUUGAGAAUUUCAGCGACAAGAUUGAUGCUAAAGUAGAACCUAUCUUCACGGAGAUUGAGAAGGAAUUCGAAGACUCAACAUCAAAUGAUGGAGUAAAUGCAAAUAUAUAAUCACUAGCCCUACGUAGAAGGAAAUACUCUCAGCUCCCCAUUGUGUAUAGCAUAUGCUUUUUUUUUUGAAUGAUUCGUUGUACAUAUGUGUACCUUUCUGUAUGAGUUAUACCAUGCUUAUUGUGACGCAUGGUGGUGUUGUGGCUGGUGCUCGAAACUAAAGUAGAGUUAGCAUUGACUAUUGAGACUGUUGAGCUGUGAAAUUUCAUAGACUGGUACAAAAUAGAAUGGUUGGUACUGGUAAAUGCUAUUAUAUCACAAAA